CAUGACUGGUUGUCCCACAGCAGACACAUUAGCUCUACUCUGUGGACUGGGACAUCGGCAAUUCCGAAUGACAUAAUCUUGAACGUUUCAUUCAUCCCGGUGGUGCGCAGUGAAGGCACAUCCUCGGUUUCAGACGAAGCCGUGGACAAAGUGCAAGGACCUGAUUCGCUCGAUGCAAGGCACUGCGCGACGUAUGACGCUGAUCCAACGCUCGGAUGGAUCACAAUCACCCGCCUGGGCGGCGGGUGCCUGUUCGCAGAGCCAGCGCCUCGACUCUGUCCGAUGGUCGCCUACUGUUGUCCACCUGGCUCAUCGGCUCUGCUACCAAAGGGCUCGAUGAUCUCAGGGUGCAGGUCAGCGUCGACAAGGCAGACUACUUUGGCAAUAGCUCGACAAGCUCAAGUACAGAUCCUCUCAUUCCAGUCUUUUUCCGAGAACGGGUCCUGGACGAAGAAGAGAUUCUUGAAAACUUGAUUGAUGCGAGGACCGGCCAUGUGUACUGGACGUCACACCGGCCUAGGAGGGGCUGGUACAUGUUCCUUUCUUCGCCGGCGCUACCACUAAAAACGACCAUCCGGCUGCGGCCGACACAGAGUAGUCAGAGCUCUCCAAGCACACAGCUGGUGUUAUCUGUCCGCUCGCAAGUCGCAACACAAUUAGCAAUGGGUCUGAAUGCUACCAUCGAAGAAGCAGCACAAUGCAGACUCGAACAGAGCCAUGAGACGACUGUGCGCCAGGCAGCGCAGCAGGAAGUGCAGGCAUCGGCGGCGCGGAUCACCUCAGUAACUAGCCCGGAUCCUGAGGCCCUUGAUGCAACUCAUGCCCGGACAUCCUCGCGAAGUGCACAUGUGAUGAUCCGGCAAGGUACAGAAGGGCAUUCAAGGAAGCGCAGCGUUGGCGGACCUCAUUCACCGAAUAUUGGCCUGGGAAACGUAGGCGGUAGGCAGAGGGUUCUGGCGGAGGCAAGUCUGCACGCACAGCGCGAAGGAGGGCCUUCAACAUCCCGCAGCCUACCGAAGAUCGACAUCAGUAGGAGCCUAGGUUCGAGCAGUAAUUCUGCUUUUUUGCACUCACCCCAGCCUACCAGCACAAGGUCGCAAUUCGACCGACCAUACUCUCCCAUCGAGGAACACGUACACCUCCCCGCUCCGCCGGCCCCAGCAGCGUCCGCCGAGACAGAAGCGCCUGUGCGCGAAAGUCUGCCAUGCACAUUUGUCGUUGUGGAUGAUGUAGGAGGCGCGCCUUCCCUGCGUGGCUUUCUGGCCAAGCAUCACAACGCGGCGCAAAACAGCCGAACUUUGAACCAGGAAGCGGGUGGGACUCCAAAGCAGCAGGAUAAGCCAUCCCAUAGCCGCUUGUCAUGGACUCGGUAUCUCUGGACCCUCGUGCCGAGCCCCAUCAGGCCCGCUUUGUCCUUUGACACGGGCAAAUCUUUCCGCAUUGUUUGGGUCGACGCACCGCGGCUGGGCACCGCCAGCCCAACUGCGCCCACCUGGCCUACAAAUCGACAGCAGUCAGGCCCCUCUUCUGAUGAUGGUGGUGCCCAGAUCGAAGUCCUGCGCUUCGAAGAUACGAGCGGCUUUUGGUUCUGGCAACCGCACACGAGCGGGCGGCUGAUCCUGCAUGAAGAGGCUGUGCGCGCUAUCGGUGUCGAUCGCAAGUUCUGGUUCGCGGUCGCGCUCAGCUAUCUUGGGUUUGUCGAGGAGAAGGACGGGUACUUCGCUGCCAUGCAGGCAUGACCCCUGAGGCAUUGCAGCAGCCUUUAUUCGCGGCUUGCAUAGAUUGUAUUCUACUACAUAUACACUGCGCUGCGAUAGACAUAGAC